AUGAAAUUUUAUUUAAAUAAUUUGAAAAUAGUUCGACGAUGUUUAAUAGAUUUUCAUCGUCAAUUAUCAAUUAGUCAAAUAUGUUUUCAAUCUUCAGAAUCAAUACCAAAUGUAUUUGAUCGACAAGCAAAAUUAAAACAACGUGAACGUACAUGUCUUGAUCCAAAUUAUCGAAUUUAUUCUUAUGUACAUGAACGUGUUGCACAAAGUCUUGUUGAUCGAAUAUUUGAUAUAAAACGAACAUUUGAAUCAGCACUUGAUCUUGGUUGUGGUCGAGGUUUAACUGCUAGUGAAUUAACUAAAGAUGUUGUUAAACGUAUAACUAUGAUCGAUAGUUCAUCACUUAUGCUUAGUCAAAUACGUCCACCUGUAGAAGAAAAUGGACAUGAUGGAAUAGAGAUUAUUAAAAAACAUAUGGAUGAAGAACAAAUAAUUGGUGAUGAAUCAUCAUAUGAUCUUGCAUAUAGUUGUUUAAGUUUACAUUGGAUUAAUGAUCUUCCUGGUGUAUUACGUAAAGUUUUGUAUUUAUUAAAAAAUGAUGCACCAUUUAUUGGUAAACAUAUUUGA